AUGGGCCAGAUUGAGAAGGGCGGUACGAGGGUGGGACUUGGCGUUGAUGUUUUGGAACAUCAAAGAUGGACAGGGUUUUCGCGGAGGUCACUUCUCAGAUAUCUCCACAAUUACAGAUCAGAGAUCUUCCAAAAUCGAGAAGAUUGGCGCAUAUGGCUAGGUCUCUUCACCUUACAAUUUGUAUGGCAAUUUGGCCCGGGGUUGUGGUGUGGUAGGGGAGAACGGGGGAUAAUCCCACACAGGAGUUUCGAACAACAUCUGGUCCACGUUUGGCUGGAUAACUCCACCACCACACGGGGUAUGCGGUCGGCGAUGGGGUCAAAAUGCUUGUAUGAUCGAGGCCUUUUCGAUGGAUCUAUCGGCGGGUUCUUAUUCGAAAAAUCGAGCGAGUUCGUGGUGGCUAGAAUUAGACUGGCCGCCGGGACCAUGAAUUUCACAUUUGGUCCCAUUUGGUCUGGUCCCAUACAUUUCUUGGCGUGAAUCCCGCUGGGACUGGC